UUGAUGGAAAAGUAGCAGCGUGUCAACAUAAAGUGGAUCCGGAUAGGAUAACAAGAACUAUCGGGGGAAAGAAGUAAACAACGAGCCUGAUGGCGCAAGUAGAGCCGCUGUAUGAUUUCCCGGAGCCCACCCAGUCGUUAGAGCGGAAGUUGCCGGGGCCUCCAAAGGGCCGGGGCUCCCUGAGAAGCGUCAGCGUACUGGACCGUCUCCUGCUCACAGUCCCCGUCUGGCUGCAGCUCUCCAUCAACCCGGCCACCGCUCUGCACAUCCUGCAGAGGGAGCCUCCUGGGUCCUUCCUGGUGCGCAAGUCUCGCACGUCCCAGAGAAAUGUGCUGUGUGUGCGCUUGGCGGACGACAGCGUGCCGUCCUUUGUUCAACAAUUUGGCAUCAGGGAGGAACAUUCCAGCAAAACUCUGUGUCUGGAGACUUCAGCCAUCCGCUUUCCAGAUCUCCCAAGACUAAUUUCCUUCUACUGUGUCAGCAGAGAUGUUUUACGCUUCCCGUUGGAGCUUCCUGAAGCCAUCGCAAAGGCGACAUCCCACAAAGAGCUGGAGUCCAUCUCACAUAUGGGAAUCGAAUUCUGGAAUUCCCACCUAAACGUCCGUGGGCCCCGGGAGGCCCCGAAGCCCCAGAGAGACGAGGAGAAGCCAGACGCGGUCACCUCGGUCCCACCCGCCGCCGCCCCACAGACGGAUUCAGCCCCCCAGCCCGACUCAGACAACCGGCUCAAGACGGCGACUCGUUCCAGCACCGACGACAAACGCGCAGGUUCAAACCCCACCCUGUUCCACGAGUUCUGUCCGAUCACGACACGCAGCCCCCGGGAGCUGGACUACGGCUCCGGGCAGGGCGCCCUCUGUUUCAUCAACCCCCUUUUCCUGCAAUCCCAGAAUUCGUUGUGCAGACGCCGCAUGUUCACCCGCAGUCUUAAGGUUCGGAUUUCCACAGAGUCUUCAAGCCUGCUUUCGCCCCCUCUCGCUGCUCCACCGCCACCACCGCUAAUGCCCAAAGCCAAAAGAAAUCGGAACGCCCAAAAACAGGCAAAAGAAACCGCCCAUCCCAGUACAGGUCUGGUGCAAGCUGAACACCCAGAUGAAGCCGCUCAGAUUCAGACAGUUCAGUUCGGAAUGGAGAAUCUUCCAGAGGAUUCGGACUACAUGCAGCCCGCUCCGAUGAUCAGCGUCUCCAAUUUGCCAUCACUCUCUCCUUCCCUCUCCCCAUAUGCUUGUCCCAUGGCGCCUCCCCUUCUCCCCAAAGCAUCUCUGGCCCCCUCCCCUUAUGGCUCUCCCGGGGCUUCUCCGUCCCCUUAUCAAUCCCCAUGUCUCUCUCCAUACGACUCACCCAGCACUUCACCUUCCCUCUCACCAUACCAUUCCCCGUCUCCUUCUCCCAAGGUCCCCUUCUGCCUCUCCCCCUUCACCUCUCCUCCGUCCUGCCUUCAGCUGGCAGAGCAGGCCUAUCACACACCGGCUACUCCUUCAAGACCGGAUCAGCAAAGAUCAGAGAGAGAGGCCGAGGAGGAGGACGAGGGAGCAGGUGCGGAUGUAAUUAAGGAGGAGGAUGACACAAAGAGGGAAAAGGAGGAAGGGGGUCUGGUUUUACAGAUGAAUGCGGCUUCUCUAAAGGACACAGACCGCUGCAGUAGCCUUGAGGGCGCAGCGGAGACUCCACCUUCCUCCACCCAACAGGACAAUGCUGCAAGCCUCUAGGGAACAAACAUUUUACACUUGAACUGAUUUACAUUCAUUAUGAAGCACUUUGUAGGUACAUGUGAAUCUCAGGGUCUCACCCUGAAAUCAUCUUUAGAAUAUAGCAACGCUUUGAAUUAAAGUUUUUUCAAAACCUUU